CAUCUCUCUCUCUCUCUGUGAAAGUACAACUAGUUCUCUGUUCACUCCCUCAUUCUCUCUCUCUCUCUCUCUCUCUCUCUCUCUCACAGUCAGUUCCGAAUUUCCGAUCUCCCACAGAACCCUAGUUUCACUGCUACAAAGUCACGAUCUACUGGUUUUCGUUCGAAUUCUCGGCUCGAAGGUUCCGAUUUUCGCACAUUCAUUGCUCGAUUCUCCAUUGUUUUCUUGUUUCUCUUCUUUCGGUCACAAUCUAGGGAUCUUUCUCUCUUCCAUUGUGAUUCGAAGGAGAAUUCUUGUGCGAGAGAGAAAGAAAGAGAAAGGUGUUUUUUUUUUUUUUUUUUUCUUUGAGAGGCGGAUGAUGAGAUACGGUAGAUGAACGAUGCCGGUACUGCGUAGCGAAGUGCGCAAGAGCCGGGCAGCAGCAGCAGCAGCAGAAGCGAAGCAGAUUCGGAAACCGCAGCCGAAGCCGAAAGAGCAGAGGAAGCCGUUGAAGAAUCGAAUCGAAGUAGGGGAGGCUAUUGCGACCAGGACGCGGCGGAGGAGUGCGGCGGCCGCGGCAGCGAAUACCAAUACCAACAACAACAAUAAGAAGCAGAGAGUGGGCAAUGAGGACGUAGGCGCCGCGAAAGCCGCGGAGAAGAAGAAGAAGGAGGAGGAGGAAGAGAAUCGGAGUUUGGAGAAGGAGGAGGAGGAAGAGGAGGAGGAGGAGGAGGAGGAGGAAGAGGAAGAGGAGGUAGGGGAGAAGGAGAUGGAUGAGAAUGAGAGUGGGGGGAGAAGUAAUGACAAGGCACAUGCCGGUGGUGAUGACGAAGGAAGCGUAGCUCCUAUUCCUGACAGGGUUCAGGUUGGUGGUUCCCCAGUGUACAAAACAGAGAGAAAGUUGGGCAAGGGUGGGUUUGGACAAGUUUAUGUUGGGCGGCGUGUUUCUGCAGUAAAUACAAAUGACAGAACCACUGUAUCUGGAGCUGUUGAGGUGGCCUUAAAAUUUGAGCACAAAAGUAGCAAAGGAUGUAAUUACGGACCACCAUCUGAGUGGCAGGUGUACACUACUCUUGGUGGCAGUCAUGGAGUACCUCGUGUACACUAUAAAGGUCAACAGGGCGACUAUUAUGUCAUGGUUAUGGAUAUGCUCGGUCCAAGCUUGUGGGAUGUUUGGAAUAAUAACUCUCAUAUAAUGUCCACUGAAAUGGUUGCAUGUAUUGCCAUUGAAGCAAUAUCCAUUUUGGAGAAGAUGCACUCUCGAGGAUAUGUGCAUGGGGAUGUAAAGCCAGAAAAUUUUCUGCUUGGUACUCCAGGAACUCCUGACGAGAAAAAACUGUUCCUAGUUGAUCUUGGAUUAGCUUCUAGGUGGAGAGAUGGUAAUACUGGAUUGCAUGUUGAAUAUGACCAAAGACCAGAUGUUUUCAGGGGAACAGUGCGUUAUGCUAGUGUACAUGCUCAUUUAGGGAGAACUGGUAGCAGGAGAGAUGAUCUAGAAUCUCUUGCAUAUACGCUGAUUUUCCUUCUCCGAGGUCGGCUGCCUUGGCAAGGGUAUCAGGGAGACAAUAAAGGAUUCCUUGUUUGCAAGAAGAAGAUGGCAACUUCUCCAGAAGUGAUGUGCGGCCUUUGUCCACAGCCUUUCAGACAAUUUGUUGAACAUGUGGUGAACUUGAAGUUUGAUGAAGAACCGGAAUAUGCAAAAUACAUUUCGCUGUUUGAUGAAAUUAUCUGCCCAAAUUUUGAAAUCCGGCCAAUCAACACAGAGGGUGCACAAAAGCUUAUUGGUCAUAAGAGAGCCCGUUUGGCUAUGGAGGAGGAAGAAGAGGAUGGUCAACCGAAGAAGAAGGUGCGUAACGGCUUGCCAGCUAAACAAUGGAUUAGUGUUUACAAUGGGCGUGAACCUAUGAAGCAAAGGUAUCAUUACAAUGUGGCAGAUAUAAGGCUGUCCCAGCACAUUGAUAAAGGAUACGAGGACAAAUUAUAUGUCAGCAGUGUAGCUUCAUGUCAGAACCUUUGGGCCCUAAUUAUGGAUGCAGGCACUGGCUUUACUUCACAAGUUUAUGAACUCUCACCAUGUUUUCUUCACAAGGAAUGGAUAAUGGACCAAUGGGAAAAGAACUAUUAUAUCAGUGCAAUAGCUGGAGCUACAAAUGGGAGCUCCUUAGUAAUAAUGUCUAAGGGUACGCAUUAUGUGCAGCAGUCAUACAAAGUUAGUGAAUCAUUUCCUUACAAGUGGAUAAACAAAAAAUGGAGAGAGGGCUUCUUCGUAACUACUAUGGCCACCUCUGGGAACAGAUGGGGAAUUGUCAUGUCUCGUGGUGCAGCAUUUUCUCGACAGGUUGUUGAACUAGAUUUCCAUUACCCUAGUGAAGGUAUUCACCGGCGGUGGGAUUAUGGAUAUCGAAUCACAGCAACUGCAGCAACUUGCGAUCAGGCCGCUUUUGUUCUUAGUGUUCCUAAGAGGAGGCAUACAGAAGAUGAUUCAACUCAAGAAACACUUAGAACGUCUACUUUUCCUAGUACACAUGUAAAGGAGAAGUGGACGAGGAAUCUUUAUAUUGCGUCUGUUUGUUAUGGACGAACAGUUUCGUGAUCUGCUAACGUUGUUUAGGGCUCCAGUGGACACCGUUACAGUCACAGUCAACAGAUAUCGCGUUGCUCUAAUUGCCCACUAUCCAUUAGGGAUAUUUUGAUGUUUAUAUGUGGCAUUGUCAGGCUUAGAGAAAUUUUGAUUGCUAUAGGCUUAUUAAAAUGUAAUUAAAUUAAACUGAGCAAAAACUCUUUUGGUCUUAUUAUGUUCGUCAAUUUGCGGAAAAUUGGGUCUUGUUGAUGUCAAUGAUAAGGAAAAGCCCAUUUUUUUGAAAA